AAACGCGUAAGCGACUGAUCGUGCACAGUGUUUACUUUCUGUUAGACUUAAACUUGUCCACAGAUUAUAGCUGGGAUUUUACUGCUGCUUACACUCUGUUUGUCCAAAUAUGGCUUCGGACAGGGAAAGGUUUAAGAUAAGAAAUUCUCUUAUUUGUUUGCUUAAAGCAGUUGAAGGAAAAGUAACGACCGUGGAACUAAGAAAUGAAAGUACAGUUUCUGGAUUUGUGGAACAUGUGGAUGCUUACAUGAAUGUGACAAUGACUGAUGUCAGCUUUAGGAACUAUAAGGGGAAGGUCUCAAGUUUUGAACAAUUCUUCGUACAAGGUAUCAAUAUUAGAUUUGUACAAAUUCCUGACGAAGUGGAUAUGAAGAAAGCUAUUGAAUUCUAUGCUAAUUUAGACAGAAAAAGAGCAGAAGAAAUUAGGGAAGAAUUGAGGAACGCAACAAUGUUGAAGAUGCAAAGAAAAGAAAGAAACUAUAAGAAGUCAGAGGAAAUGAGAAUUAAAAAGCAGAUGAAGCUGAGAAAAGAACAACAAAAAGGAGAACAAAUUGCCACAAUUGAUCACACAUUAAAGAAAGAUAAGAAUGGCAGCUAGACUAACUAUUACAGAGUGAUUUUUGAAUAUUAAAUUUAAUGACUAUCCGUCAACAAACCUAAUGUGCAAGAAAGUGAAAAGGGUUGUAGUUGAUAAAGAGGCAUCUAUUAUAACUUUUUCAGUGAUCUGAAUAUGUUACCUAUGAAGAGUUUAUAGACUUUGCAGGCUGAUAUUAUUAAUUUCCAGUUAUGGCGAACACAGUGAUACUUCUGAUGGGCAUCUAAAAAACUGCUUCACAUGUUCAUAUUAUUGGUUUCAAGCAAAACCAGGUGAAAAUAAAUAUGAUUUUGGGUAUGUUAAACUUUAUAU